AUGGAUGGAAUUUACAAGAUCUCUUCAACUGAAAGAGUCCAGCAGGUGGAAAAAGAGCUAGCAGCACAGCUGGCUGAAUUGAAGACAGAAAUAGAGGAGAACAGGGUUCUACAAGGAACACCACACAAGGCUUAUAGCUCCGUUCCCCUCCCAAAAGAUAUUUAUUUUUUCAGAAGAGAAAGAGAGUUGGCAUUGAAGAAAUGUUUACAGGUAGCAGGGGCAAAACCACUUGUAAUUCAGGCUGAUGUCCUGCAGAGGGAGCUAGAGAGCUGUCUGAAAAGAGAAUAUACUUCUGAAAGUUUACCUUUAUUGCUGCAUCAGUUUUUCACAGACAGAAUCGCUCAGUUGGUCCAAAGCAAAUAUUUAUACAUGCUUAGAUGGAAGAGAUUUUGUCAUCACAGUAGUGUUAUUGAACAACUAUAUCCUCUCUACCAGAAACAGGUGGCUCAUAUUAUGCAGGAGUACAACGAUGCAGUUCAGAGGGCUACAAGGCUGUCAAAGGCACGAGAGAACUUCCUUUCAGGCCAGGAAAAUCCCACGACUUUAGUGACCCAGGAAGACCUAGUUAUUUACACACAAUGGCUAAUAUGUCACCUGCACUCACUUAAGGCCGUGCACAACUACCUUCAGGUACUCCAGUACUUGCCUGUCUCUCACCGGAUGGAGGAGGCCAUUGGUAGGCAUCAAGGCCAUGAUGAUCAGGAUGAAGACAGAGCUUUCAGAAAGCUGGAAUCCUUGUCUUCUAAUAUUCAGUUCUUUAUCUCACCUAAUGCCUCAGCAACAGAUGGUAAGAAAUAA